GCUAAAUAAGUCACUAUGGCUCCAAAGAAAGCUUCUAGUGCCAGCCCUUUGGUAAAGAAUGAAUAUCCACUUCGUUUGUAUCGUGUCUUCCCAACCACCAUUGGCAUCCAUCUAGAGACAGUGGCUUGUGUCGCAGAGUCCUUGGACCCUCGCCAUGUGUUUUUACUUGAUGAUGGUAAAGACAUAUAUGUUUGGCAAGGGAGUAAAGCAAAGAAAACACUAACCACCAAAACCAGACUAUGUGCAGAGAAGAUGAAUAAAGAAGAACGAAAGAAUUCGGCAGAAAUUCAUACACUGGUGCAAGGAAAGGAGAACAAUGAUUGGCCACAAUUUUGGGCAGCUCUUGGGCUUGAAGAAGGUGAAGAAGAGGAUCUUGAGAUUGAAGAACAUGUAGAUCACAAAUUUGUUCCUGUUGUUCCAAGGCUUUACCAGGUUGGACUAGGUAUGGGCUACCUUGAACUUCCCCAAGUUGAUGUACCUGAAGGCAAAUUGAUUCAGAAAUUACUUAGUACAAAGAAUGUAUACAUCUUGGACUGUUUUUGUGAUGUAUUUGUUUGGAUUGGUCGUAAAUCAACUCGUUUAGUAAGAGCUGCUGCCCUGAAGCUGUCUCAGGAGUUGCUGAAAAUGAUAGUUCGACCCGAACAUGCAGUGACUACUCUUGUUAAAGAAGGAACUGAGCCACAGGUUUUCAAGACAAAAUUCAAUGGCUGGACAGAUGUUAUCGAUGUUGACUUCACACGUACUGCAGAGUCGGUGAGGAAGACCGGAGCCAAUCUAAAGGAUUGGGCUGCUAAACAAGAGACCAAAGUGGAUCUGAGUGCCUUGUUCACACCUCGACAACAACCAAUGACCUUAGAAGAGGCUCAGCAGUGUAUGGAUGAGUGGAACGAUGACUUGGAUUCAAUGGAUGCCUUUGUGUUGGAGGGUAAAAAGUUUGUCAAGCUUCCUGAAAAUGAACUCGGGCAUUUCUAUUCCUCAGAGUGCUAUGUAUUCUUAUGCCGUUAUUGGGUGCCUGGAGACCCACCAGAAGAUGAGAAAGAAGAGGAAACUGAACCAGAGGAUGACUUUCAGUGUGUGGUGUAUUUCUGGCAAGGAAGACAAGCUUCUAAUAUGGGAUGGUUAACAUUCACUUUCAGUCUUCAGAAAAAAUUUGAAACAUUAUUUGGAGAUAAGCUUGAGGUGGUGAGGAUGCAUCAGCAACAAGAAGCUGUAAAAUUUAUGGCUCACUUCAAGAGAAAGUUUGUCAUACAUACAGGAAGACGUCGGCAAGAGAAGCAGCCAGUUAAAAUGGAGGAAGAGCCUCAAGAAGUCAAUGCCAAGGCAGUUAAGCCCAAAUUUAAGCCCAAACAAAGACCAGAACCAGUGCCAGAGGAACCUCAGAAGCCUCAACCAGAACUUUUCCACAUGCGAUCUAAUGGCUCACCACUCUUCACACGCUGUAUCCAGAUCAGGCCAAAUGCUGCUUCUCUCAACUCAGAGUUUUGUUAUAUACUGAAGGUUCCCUUUGGACAGGACGAUGACAGUGGUAUUGUAUAUGUGUGGUUGGGUGAGAAAAGUGAUGAAGAGGAAGGAAGACUAGCAGAAGAAGUUGCACAAGAAAUGUAUGACCCAGAAAAGUACAGUCUUCAGGUCGUGAGAGAAGGUGAGGAACCGGAGAACUUCUUUUGGAUUGGCAUUGGUGGUUGUAAACCUUACGAUAAGGACGCAGGAUACAUGUGCCACACGAGACUUUUCCGAUGUUCCAAUGAAAAGGGAUACUUCGCUGUCUCAGAAAAAUGUUCAGAUUUUUGUCAAGUAAGUUUUUUGUAUGUACUGUUACAUAUCUUUAAUGUAUGUCGCAGUGUGUUCAUAAGCAUUGUUGUUGUGAUGAUCGUAACAAAAAGUAUAAAAUAGGUUCAAUUUAUACAC